AUGUGUAUUCUUUUGUCUCUGCUUGUGGGAUGUUGCAAUUGUGCCUCAACUCGUGCUGUUUCUUCUUUUGGGUCGUCUUUGCUUGGGUGGGGUUUCCUCUGUGUUGGUGUGAAGGAGCCCUGGAUUUGCCCCAACCAACAGCAGGAAUUGCUACCACACUGGGAGAGGGUGAUGUCGACGGAAGAUGCAGAGAAGAAGGAUGUGUUCUUUUACACUGCAGGCCCCGCGCUGAUGUCCGGUGCAGCGCAGGCAAUUCUGUUCAACCCAUUUGAUAGAGCACUCUACGUGCGUGUAAAGUUUCGCCGCCAGCAUUUUCUUGACCGCCGCAAUUNCAGGCAAUUCUGUUCAACCCAUUUGAUAGAGCACUCUACGUGCGUGUAA